AUGAAACUUGAGAGAGAACCAGCGUUUGGCCACUUAGCUUUAAGCCACAAGCCUGAUUCUAAUCCUUUUGGUCAAAAUGACAUUACUCUGGACUCUGCUGCAUUACAGUCAGCAAAGUGGAUCAUGAAGGAAAGUCAGAACAGGGUUUCAUGUGGUUCGAAGGACAAUGAAGAAGAUGCUGGUCAAGUACCAUAUGUGAAAAAUGAUGAAAAUGGCUUGCCUACAUCGAGGUUUGAUUGUUCAAAGAGUGUGGAUGAUUUGGAAAAUGGUAAUGAAGAUGAGGUCAAAGAUUUUGUGCCGCCAUAUACUCUUUCUUCUGAAAAAUUAGAAGCAUUAGAGAAGGAAUCAGAUUAUUAUAUGGACAAAAGUGUUAUGGAAUGUGAACUGCCAGAACUGAUAGUUUGUUACAAAGAGAGUAGUUGCAAUACAAUCAAGGACAUCUGCAUUGAUGAGGGAGUGCCUUCCCAAGACAAGAACCGGUUUGAGACUGGUGUGGAUGAGAAGGAAUGCUGCACCUUUUUAUCUCCUGAUGAGGAUCAGAAUAAGCAACUUCUUGAAGAACAAAUGGAUAUCGUUAUGACCCUUCCGGACGGUUUUAAAUCUUCUGCACACGAUGAUUUAGAGAAGGGUUUUGUCAUUCCUUGCGAUUCCAAGGAUCUGACGCAGAUAGGCGAUGCUAUAUAUUAUACACAGGAGAAGACUGAAAUUGAAGUUUCCAAAGAGAUUUUUGUCCCUGAAAAUGUGUUGCCAAUGCAAGAGUUGGGUGCAGGGAACGCCCACUCCUCCAAGUCUUCUAAUGAGGACAGCACUGAAGCUGUACAAGACACUGUUCAGAUUUCAGGUGAAAAAGUAAGUGAAAUAGCACAAACUGGGAGCACUGCUGUGGUUUCAGUAACUGAAGAGUCUAGUCACGGUGAGAAGAAAGCAUUGGUUUCAGCAGCUGAAGAAUCAAACUUCCAUGUCGAUGAGUUAUCUAACAAUAGCAAGGUGGAGAACGGAAGCACUACUUCUGGCUUGUUGGACACUUCAGUACAUGUAUCCACUACCAUAGAUGCAUGCCCUGAAAAUGAUGUCCGCAAACAUUUUGAAACUCAAACGAUGCCUGCAGGUGAUGAUGGCGAUGACAACGACAGCAACAUGCCUGAUGCAGAGAUUGUGCCAAGCCAAGUUCAACCUUGUUCAGCACUUGUGGUUACUGGCAGAGAGGAGUGUCCUGAGAAUGGAGUCUGUCAACCUCUCGAUACUUCAAGUACGUCCAUGGUUGAUGAUGAAAUUCCUCAUUCAGUGAUUGUUUCAAGCCAAGUUCAACAUUAUUUAGCACCUGUGACUAUUUCCAGAGAGGAACGUCCUGAAAAUGGUGUCUGGCAAUGCCCUGAAACAUCAAACGCAUUCGUGGUUGGAGAUGUGAAUUCUGAUACACAAUAUGCUUCAUUCCAUGUUCAAUGUGGUUUCGGAGAAUCAAGUUUCUCUGCAGCAGGUCAUUUUUCGAGUCUUAUGAAUACAUCAGGUCCUUAUUCCGGCAAUGUCUCCCUUCGAUCAGAGAGCAGCACCACCAGCACCCGCUCAUUUGCCUUCCCUGUUUUACAAUCUGAAUGUAAUAGCAGUCCAGUUAGAAUGGCAAAAGCUGACCGGAGGCAUUUGCGUAAACAUAGGGGUUGGAGGCAUAGUCUUCUUUGCUGUAGAUUCUGA